AUGGGAAACGUACUUAGACUUUGUCCAUCAAAUGACAACGCCCUAUAUGCAUGGUCGACAAAAACUGACACAGUUUUUCUAACCGAAAGUUCUCCGACCAUCUACCCGAUCAAGGUGGUAUCUGGUCGAAUCCGUGAACAGAUUACUGUUGCUAAACUGAGAAGUAGUCCGCAUAACCUGAUCAACGUUACAUUAGAAAACCCAUUACAAGCAGCGCCGCUACCUAAUUUAGUAGAUACUCAAGUCAGCAAUAAUUCCAUGACAAUGUCUAGCUCAGAUAUAGAAAUCUUACCAUCUCAAGGCCUGGUGUCUACCCUUCCCAAAUUUUUUCUUUCCAAUGUACGAUCCAUAUCCAAUAAAGUAGAUGAUUUUGAUGUAGUCGUCCAAAGAAAUGGCAUAGAUUUUGCGGGAAUUACAGAGACAUGGUUGAAUCCUAGCAUCCCGGAUAGCUGUAUAAAUAUCCAUGAUUUUAACCUGGUUAGAAAAGACCGCUCUGGUCAACGUGGGGGUGGAGUUUGUGCAUUCGUAAAAUCAAAUAUCCCAUUCGUGCCUCUUCCUGACUUAUGUUGUCCAGAUCACGAGAGUCUGUGGUUAAAACUUCGACCCUAUCGACUUCCACGAGAAUAUUCCUGCAUAGUUGUUGGUCUUGUAUACCAUCCACCACAGGCCGAUAAUAACGAACUCAUAACCUCGUUGGACAAAAUAUGA